AUGAAGAUUGGGGUGAGCAGUACGGCGGGAGGCGGGGGGUGGAAUGAAGAAGAUAAAGCUGUAAUUUCUGCCGUUUUGGGCACCCUAGCUUUCGAUCAUUUGGUAACCAACGCGGUGCCGAAUGAGAAUCUGUUAACCACCAUGGGCAGCGACGAGAAUUUGCAGAACAAGCUCUCCGAUCUGGUGGAGCGGCCCAACCCUUGCAACUUCAGCUGGAACUAUGCAAUUUUCUGGCAGAUUUCGUAUUCAAAGUCCGGCGACUGGGUCCUGGGUUGGGCAGACGGGUCAUGCAGGGAGCCCCGGGAAGGGGAAGCAGCCGCCUCCGAACCGGCAACCCGGCUCCUCCUGGAAGACGAAACCCAGCAGCGGAUGAGGAAGCGGGUCAUCCACAAGCUCCAGCAGUUGUUCGGCGGGUCGGACGAUGACGACGAGUAUGCCCUCGGGUUGGACCGGGUCACCGACACCGAGAUGUUCUUCCUCGCCUCCAUGUACUUCUCUUUCCCUCGAGGCCAAGGCGGGCCGGGCAAAUGUUUCGCAUCCGGAAAACACGUCUGGAUCUCCGACGCCCUGAAAUCGAAAUCGACCCCCGAUUACUGCGUUAGGUCGUUUCUCUCCAAGUCCGCCGGGAUUCAGACCAUCGUCCUUGUGCCGACUGAUGUCGGGGUUCUCGAAUUGGGAUCUGUGAUGCCGGUCCCUGAGAGCGUCGAAUUGGUUCAGUCCCUGGCCUCUUGCUUCUCCUCUCGCCCUUCGGUUAUGAGAGCUAAGCCGGUGGUUGUCCCGGUAUCGGUACCUCCCGCCGCGGUGGCGAAUGAGAAGAAAGACGAGAUUUCAGGGUUUGCGAAUUCGGGUGCGCCCAAAAUAUUCGGGACAGAUUUGAACAAUUCAAAUCAUUGCCUCCACCACAGCCAUGGCCAUCGGGAGAAAUUGGCGGUGAGGAAGAUGGAGGAGAGGACUCCGGCGGCAUCCUCAUACCACGACACCACCCGGCCACGAAAUGGUUUCCAUGGUUCGAACUGGGCAGCGCAUAGUUUCAGCGUUAAGCAAGGAAACAACCAGGGGGAGGUACACGGUAUGAAAGCAACUGCAGCAAAUAACAUUCAAGAGUUUGUGAAUGGAGCUAGGGAAGAGUUUAGGCUUAACCAUUACCCGCAGCAACAACAGAAGCAGGUGGUGCAAAUGCAGAUUGAUUUUUCUGGUGGGCCUUCGGUCGUUGCUCGGCCUGCCUGCGCCGAGUCUGAACAUUCAGAUGUUGAAGCCACAGUGGGGAAAGAUGAUCCGCGAGCAGCAGGUGCUGAUGACAAGAGGCCCAGAAAGAGGGGAAGGAAACCGGCGAACGGAAGGGAAGAACCAUUGAAUCAUGUGGAAGCAGAGAGGCAGAGGAGAGAGAAGCUAAACCAAAGGUUCUACGCUUUGAGAGCUGUGGUGCCAAACAUCUCAAAGAUGGACAAGGCUUCCUUGUUGGGAGAUGCCAUUGCAUACAUAAAUGAGCUUCAAGCUAAAGUGAAGCUGAUGGAAGCAGAGAGGGAGAAGUUAGGGGGGAGCAGCAGCUCAAGGGAGCCGGGAUCAGAGGGUAAUUCCAUCCGAGAAAACAAUGUCAUCAGCAGGGGUGUUACGGAUGUGGAAGUUCAAGCUUCCUCCCACGAUGAGGUGAUUGUGAGGGUGAGGUGCCCUUUGGAUUCGCAUCCAGCGUCGAGGGUGAUCCAAUUGUUCAAGGAGGCACAGAUCAAUGUGAUAGAGUCUAAACUGGCUGCAGGGAAUGAUAUGGUGUUCCACACAUUUGUGAUCAAGCCAGCACAAGGGUCAGAACAGCUUACAAAGGAGCGGGUAAUGGCGGUAUUUUCCCAUGAAUCCAACACCUUGCAGCAGCCAUUAUCGUCUAUUGGGUAG